AUGAAUUGCUUUUCAGGUGCUCAUAUUGAUUCUCUUGUUGAACGAUCAAAUCUUUUAUCAUUACUUGAACGUUGUGCUCAAGAUUCAAUGGCUGAAGUUCGUCAAAGUUCAUUUGCAUUAUUAGGUGAUUUGACAAAAGCUUGUUUUCGCCAUGUUCGUAAACAUUUAAAUAUCUUUUUACCAUUAUUAACACAAAAUCUUGAUCCACAUCAUGUUAGUGUAUGUAAUAAUGCAAUAUGGGCAAUAGGUGAAAUAGCUAUACAGAUUGGUUCUGAAAUUCAACCAUUUGUUUCAAUUAUUCUUGAAUCCUUAAUAUUAAUUAUUAAUCGAAAUAAUACACCAAAAACUUUAUUAGAAAAUACAGCAAUAACAAUAGGACGUUUAGGUCUUGUUUGUCCAAAUGAUGUAUCAUCUCAAUUACAACGUUUUAUACGUCCAUGGUGUGUUGCAUUACGUAAUAUACGCGAUAAUGAUGAAAAAGAUUCAGCAUUUCGUGGUAUUUGUAAUAUGAUUAUAUUAAAUCCAUUAGCUGUUACAAAUGAAUUUAUAUAUGUAUGUGAUGCCAUAGCAUCAUGGGAAAACCCACCUACGGAAUUACAUGCAAAAUUUCGAAUUAUAUUACAAACAUUUAAACAAGAAUUUGGUAGUGAUCAAUGGAAACAAUUAACAGAUCGAUUUCCUUUACCACUCAAACAACGUCUUCAAAUUCAUUAUGGUGUUUGA